AUGUUAGGCCUGAGGAAACAUUGCCUAGCAUUCUUUUCUUUCAAUCGCCUUUUCUCUUCUGGUGCCGUGUGGCUUCCUGCGAACGACGUAGAAGCGGCGGAGGUCAUCUGCGCGUGGUGCGGCGGCGGAUUCGUGGAGGAGUUGACAGCUGGCAGCGACAUCGACGGCGUGGAGCACGGCGGCCACCACAGAUGGAGCCACCGCGGAUCCGACCACGCGCGCGGUGCCGCUGCUACUGCCGCGCCCGUGAUUGACCUAGCGGAGGAGUAUACCGGCAACGCGCAUGCCAGCAGCGCGCAUGCCGGGGCGGCGAGCGGGUUCGCGAGGGAGGCGCGUGAGAGCCCGUUCGCGUGGGACGGCGAGAGCGCGGGCGAUGCGGAUGUCAGCGCAGGCGAGACCGCCGGGGUCGCCGCCGUCGCGUCGCUCCGCCCCGAGCGGCCCUUCCGCGGAUUCGUUCGCCGGCGGCACGUCGGCGUGGGUGCUGACGUCAGGUCCCCAGGCCCGUCUGCCGGCGAAGCAGCGUUUCGGGAGUCCAGCGGGUGGGGCGUGCGGCCCGCCGACGAUGACGGCCGCGCUGCGGCUGCUGCCGUUGGCGUUAGCCGUAGUGGCAGCGGUGGCGGCGGCGGCGCCGCCAGUGGUGGUCCUUCCGCGGCUUCCGCUUCCGCUGCGGCUGGAGCAAGCGGCGAGGCGGAGGAGGGCGGCGAGAGGCACGGCGCGGCGCGGAGGCUGGAGGGCGCGUAUCUGGGGCUGGCGAGGAUGCUGCGAGACAUGGAGGACCGCGUUGACCACGGGCGACUCGCUGACGUGGCCGGCAGGGAACCAACGCUUGGUGCUGCGUACGGCAGAGGGGGACUGACGGGAAGGGCAGGGGGAGCUGCGUCGGCGCGGGUGGGGGCGGCGCGGGCCCGGCGGUUCGGAGGGGCGGAGGACGCGGGGGGCGGGGUGGCGGCGUCGCUGCUGGGCGUGCGGAGCGAGGCGGAGGCGUCGCCGAUCCUGGAGUUCAUGGAGCGACGCAUGACCCGCGAACACACGUUGCGGCGUCUGCUGGCGCGCCUCGAGUCCCUCAACGCCAUCGUCGGCGGCCAGCUGCUGGGCGGCGCCGUUGCGGGCGGCGCGGCGGGCGGCAUAGCGGGCGCGGUUGGGGAUUACUUCUUCGGGGACGACUUCGACGCGCUCGUUGAGCGGAUUUCCGCCGACGACGCCGUCAGGUGCGGGCGAAGCACGGGAAAGGGGUGGCUUACCGCGAUCUGCCUCUGUGCGCGCACCUCCCCUCCUUUUCUCCCCUCUCUCGCCCAUCCCUUCCCCCCUUCUUUCGGCAGCACGCGCAACCCGCCCGCCUGCCCGGCGGCCGUCGAGGCGAUGCUGGUGCGCGUGGUGACCGCUGCUGACGUGGCGCAGAGAGAGACGGCGAGCGAGGGCGCGCACGGGGAGGGCGGCGGGCUGAUGGACCCGUGCGCCAUCUGCAAGGACGACUACGAGACGGGCGCCGUCACGCGGCAAAUGCCGUGCCGCCACGUGUACCACUCGGAUUGCAUCCUGCCGUGGCUGCAGCGCCACAACACGUGCCCCGUCUGCCGCUUCGAACUGCCCACCGCCGACGCGCAGGACGCGCCGCAGCAGGGGCAGGGGCGGGGGGCGGAAGGAGCAGGGGGGACCAGCGCGGGCGGGGGAGCGGAAGGUGGUGGCGGCGGCGCAGCAGGGGGAGGGGAGGGGGAGCGCGGCGACGUUGAGUGGCACGAGAUGCAGUGGGAGGGCGGGGAGCGCGGCGAGGGGGAGUGGGGCGGCGGGGAGAGCAGGGACGGGGGCGGCGAUGGGUGGGACAGCACGGAAAGCGGGGAGAGGGGCCGCGGAGGGUGGAGCGGCGGAUGGGAAGAGGGUGGAACGGGUAUGGCCACAUGGGGUAUGGAAGGGGAGGAGGAGCAGCGUGAGGAGCAGGCGGAGGAGGGGGAAGGGGAGGAGGAGAUUGAAGGGGAUGACGUGGAGAGGGAGUGGCAAGUGGAUGGGUCGGAUGGAGGAGAGGGGCAGGAGGAGUGGGAGGAGGGCGAGGGAGGGGAGGAGCAAGAGGAAGAGGAUGUGGAUGAGUUGGAAUGUGAAGAGUAUUAUGAUGAGGAGGAUGAGAAUGAAGAGGAGGAGGACGGGGAGGGGGAGGAACAAGAGGAGCAGGAGGACGAGGAGGAUGAGGAGGAAAGGGGGGAUGAGGAGGAGGAGGGGGAAGAAGAGGGCAAGGAGCUUCUGUUUUUUGACAGCAGUGCGGACCAUGAGGUCAUGUGUCGUCCGCUUGGCACUGAUUGGAUAAUCAGCGCCACGUGUGACAUCAGCAGUGACGGGGACACAGCACGUGAUGCGGCGAAGGCGGCAGGGACAGGGUCGAGUCGAGGAGGCAUUGCGAGCAAAAGUGAUUGUCGAGAACGGCACAUCGUCACAAGACGCCGGGCGGCAAGCGAGGCAGCCAUGGCUGACGUGUCGACAGCGGCGGUGGGGCACGAUGCGGUGGGCGCGCCCGGCGAGUCGAUGCGCGGCGUGACGGGCCGCGAGCCCAUCUUCUCGCGCGACGUGGGGCUCGACGAGGGCGGCGCGCUCUUCCCGCUGCCCGUCGACUCGGAGCACAAGGCCAAGCAGUUCAAACUCUUCAGCGCGGCGCGGCCGCACAUGCGCGCAUUCCACCUCUCGUGGAUCGCCUUCUUCCUCUCCUUCUGCUCCGCCUUCGCCGCGCCGCCGCUGCUGCCGGUGAUUCGGGACAACCUGGACCUCACAAAGGCCGAGAUCGCCAACGCUGGUAUCGCCGCUGUCGUCGGCGCCGUCGUCAGCCGUCUCGUCAUGGGCACGGUGUGCGACCUGGUGGGGCCGCGCUACGGCACGUCGUUCCUGCUCAUCGUGACGGUGCCGUGUGUGGCGGCCAUGGCGGCCGUCACCAACGCCACGGGCUUCAUCAUCUGCCGCUUCUUCAUCGGCUUUGUGCUCGCCACCUUCGUCUCCUGCCAGUACUGGAUGUCGUCCAUGUUCAACUCGCGCAUAGUGGGUUUGGCCAACGGCACGGCGGCGGGGUGGGGCAACCUGGGGGGGGGCGCCAUCCAGCUGAUCAUGCCGCUCAUCUACUCGCUCAUCACCGACGCCAUCCACGUGCCCGCCUUCACCGCCUGGCGCCUCUCCUUCUUCGUGCCCGCCACGGCACAGACGCUCAUGGGGCUGCUCGUGCUGCUGCUGGGGCAGGACUGCCCUGACGGCCAGUACCUGGACCUGGCCAGCAAGGGCGUGCGGAGGAUGGACCAGCCACUCAAGGUGCUCAAGACAGCGUGCCUCAACUACCGCACGUGGGUGUUUGUCAUCACAUACGGCUACUGCUUCGGUGUGGAGCUGACUGUCGAUAACGUGAUCGCCGAGUAUUACUACGACCGCUUCAACCUCAACCUCAACACCGCCGGGCUCAUCGCCGCGUCCUUCGGCCUCAUGAACAUCUUCUCGCGCCCCAGUGGUGGGAUUCUUUCUGACUUUGCCGCCCGCUGGUUCGGCAUGCGCGGGCGGCUCUGGAACCUGUGGCUGCUGCAGACGCUGGGCGGCGUGUUUUGUCUGACGCUGGGGUACAUGAACACGCUGUGGGCGUCCACGCUCGUGAUGCUCAUCUUCUCCUACUUCUGCCAGGCCGCGUGCGGCGCCACGUUCGGCAUCAUCCCGUUUGUGUCCCACCGCGCGCUGGGCAUCGUGUCGGGGUUCACGGGGGCGGGCGGCAACGUGGGGUCGGCCAUCACGCAGGCCAUCUUCUUCAAGGGCGCGUACAGCACGGAGCAGGGCCUCACCUACAUGGGCGUCAUGAUCAUCUGCUGCACGCUGCCAGUCGUUGCUGUCUACUUCCCCCAGUGGGGCUCCAUGCUCACUGCGCCCUCGUCCCGGCCGUCAGCCACGGAGGAGGCGUAUUACGCGGGGGAGUACUCAGAGAAGGAGCAGGCCAAGGACAUGCACUCCAGCGGACUCAAGUUCGCAGAGAACGCCAAGUCAGAGAGGGGCCAGACAGUGCCCGUCACAGAGGACCUGCCACGGUGA